CAACCGAUUUCACACCACAAUUUCUGGCGCAUUCUUUUGCGCAUUAAAUCCGUCUCUUUGUCUUUGAUCCAAAUCCACAAACCCCCCUCCGGGGGUUGUGAUUUCAUCUGUAGCGUUAUUGUUUUAGCGCAUUAUUACAGUCCCCUUCAUGUCCCGAAGCAAACAAGCUUCCCGAAUAGUUGAGUGAGUUACCUACGCCGACCGGUGAAUAAUUGAAUUUAGUGCAACCCUUUAUACUAACUCCACACAACUCCACAUCUUCCCCGUGUACACUCAUUCUCUCAGUCGCACCGAAAGUCGCACUCUUCAGGUAACUCCGCAGGUACGAGAGUGCCUCGAUCGUACCGUGCGAAAGGGUGGUGACUUCAACAUCCACUAGGCGACGAACGUGGGUCCUCCCUCUCCGGCUGCGAAACGGGGCGAAUGGAAACGAAUCGCAACGGAAAAGCUACAACCCCAUCGUUGGGUCAGUGUUGCUUUGGCCAGCACUCGGUACGGUUCGACUUCACUACAUACCCGGGGUGGAGGGCGAACGUUUCACGGGAACCAAUAGUGCACCCGAUCGUCGUAUGCGGAUCGGAAAUCGCGCCACAUGCCAACGAGGAAAAUUGGAAAACGACAAGCCGGAAAGAUUGUGGUACAAUUGCUGUGUCUUUGUGUUUUUGUGUCGAAGUCGUGCUAGUAAGUGCCAGUGGAAGUGGCAGCUGGGAAAUAGGGAAACAGGGAGCAGUUGUAGUACACGGCGUAAAACACAUCCUUCGCAUCGGUGCACCGGAACUGCAUCGGGCGGAAACUACGGCAGUACAGCAUACCGAAGGAACAAUCAAAUCAAAUCGACCGACAAAUAUGGGCAACAUUUUCCUGCUUCUGUUCGGAUUGCAUUUGGUUUACCUGGACGGUACCAAUGCCUCCUGGGGUACACCAGACAGCAACCAGUACCACAUACAGACGGAUGAAGGUCCCGAACGGUACUUCCGCUACCAGACAGAUAACGGUCAAUUUCGUAAGGAGAAACGAUUACAGGAUGGUACGGUGAUCGGAACCGACGCAUGGAUUGAUGCUUCCGGCUAUUUGCGACAGAACGACUAUAUCGCCGAUCACAAGGGUUAUCGAAUCUUAAAGUCGAAAACAGUCUACGUUGGACAAGAUCGCCCAAUACAAGAUGCUAUUAAGGUGGCCAAAAACAAACCCGCCGAUUCCGGUGUUUUGGUACCUUCGGAUCCUUCCUACGAGCCACCUGCGCCACCAUCUUCUCCACCACAGCACCGAAACCAACCUUCCAUUCAAUCAAUCGGAAUUAUUCCUUCCACUCCAGCUCCAAUUUCCGUACACUCUACUCCAUCCCUGAAUGCAGUUUUCAUCCGGCACCACUCACAACCGAUCGGUUCCGGCUAUCAUCCAUCGUCCCCAUCAGUACCAGACCAAAAGUACUUACCAGCGACAGGUUCCAGCUCACCUCCAUACAGACACUAUCCGUCCGUAUCGGCAAGACCACCACCGCUAGAUAUCUACGUUCCCUCUACUACCUACACUCCUCUGAUCGGCAACGAACUCUCCUCCACACCAAUUGCUGUAUACGCUCCAUCCUCAACUCCAUCUCCAUUGCACGAUGGCUCGGAAGCGCAUCUACCACCGCUCGUGAUCUACAACAGUAAUCCUUCGGUGGCGGUGGACCCUAACGGAUAUAUUAGACCCACAACCUACACUCCACCACAUCGACGAAGAAGACCCAAUCCAGCGGAACGAAGACGUCGUCCUUCAAGUGAACCGAUCCUGAUUACAUCCUCCCGUCCGUACGUCGAGAGUUCUACACCGGCGUCGGUUAAUCUUAAACCGCUGGUACAGCUGCAGUCACUCGAUGCCGGAAACAAUCUUAUCGAUCCCAGCUUCAACCGGGAUCUGAUCGAUCCACCAACACAGUACGAUCACGUCCGACGGUAUUACGAUGAGAAUGGACAAGAGUUGCCCAUCAGGCGUGCCGGCGAAAGCCAUCCAUACGAUGGUGUUGCCGUCACGAACGAUGGCUUCCGGUACUAUCUGCCCCGGCAGUACCACGAGGAGCGUAACUCGGGCAGUGACACCCGGGAUGGAUCGUUCGGAUACAUCGAUCCGUUCGGGAUUCGGCGCGUCGUGUACUACAACACCGGACCGAACAAGGGAUUUGUGCAUCGGAAGAACAAUCGAUUCGUAGGAUUCGAUGCGACACCGUACGAUCCAAGACCAGUCUAGUGUAGAGUUAGCAUCCCAUCCAUCCACCCAUCCAUCCGUCCCCGCUAAUUCAGCUUCCUAAUUAUUUAUUUCCCAUGUUAACACCUCACCAGAUCGUUAGACUUCUGCAUAGCUACUAAAGAUAGGAAUCUUCCGAUGUCCUCUUCAUUGACCGAGCAGCCUAACAUUGAUUUCAUAGUCAUGCAGAGCACAACUCCUCGAACAGGAGUACUGUUGAUCGAAAAAGGUAACUGACGACGACAAACCACAACGCGCUACGUAAUGAGAUGCAAACGAAGUUUCCCUUACGGAUAAGUGGAUUUAAAUUUCCGUCCCAGCCAGAGGGGGCAUUUCGCCGCGAAGCUGGACAUCGUUGGCCUCGUGUUUUCUCAAUCUGCUACUGCUAGCUGAUUGGUUUUUCAAAUCAGAUGUUCCAAACAGUUCCUUUCUCCCCUCACACAAUACCAUUUCGUGUGCAUUCAAUCAAUGUGAACUAUCUUUCUGUUUCGUUGUACGUCGAAGCCGUAGGGUGAACACAUUUAGGAAUUAAAUCCAUACGAAAUGAAUCAUGCCGCUCUCGAUCAACUUCGGUUGGAGGAUGCUUACCUCGUAGCAGAAUGUGAUCAUAGUUCUGCUACGAUGAUCGAUGGUGACGAUUCGUUAAGGAAUAGGAGAAAAAAAAACGCGAAAUAGACCGCGAAUGGUGUGGUACAUUUUAAAAUGGAUUCGUUACUGGCGUUUCAGUGCGAGUGUAACGACCGUGACGACGUGCGACCACGUUUGAAGGAAUUGUGGUACACUGUUUCGUUACGUACUGUGACGGAUGUGUGACAUAUUCACCCGCUGUAAUGGAAGCUGAUUGUAUCACGAACCAAUUUUUCUUGAUUAAUGUCAUCAAAUUCACCAUGAAGCUGGAGGUAUUUGAGUAAUAUGGAAAUUUCAAACCUAACCUACAAACACAUUUAGUCGUCCUUCAAGUGGACUUCUCAUAAGCUCAAAAUAUCCAGAGCAUACGGAACUACGUGUGGGACGAGUGAAAGAUUAAUGUUCAAUUGAUGACUCUAUUACAUCUUGUGGAAACAAACUCCCUCAAAACCUUUUAAUGCACACUAAACGAUGAACCAAUAUGGGGAGUAUCAUUAACAAGAUAAAGGAACGGAAAGUGGAUCAUAUAUUUGAACUCCCAUUCGGAGUAGACUUUUUUGGAGAUUUCCUUGACAGACACCUUGGUACUGUCGUCGUCUUUUAUCACGAUUCUACCGUUCUGCAGCUCUUACCUCCUUUUCUUGAAGCCGUUUGAUUAGCUGCGUUUUUGCAAUUUGCCAUAAUUUUAAGAAUAGUUUUAGGCUUUAACUAUUAAGCUUCGCAAAUAAGCACAAAUCUGCGGUUUAUUUUUGUUUCUAUUGCCUUUAACUUAUGACCAAGUAAUACCCUUAUGUUGUGUCGCGUGUACUUCCCACUUCCCUCAGUCCUUACCCUACUCAAUUCCUCGUCGAUUUAGCCCGACUCCGUAGAAGAACCGAGCUAAACAUCAGGUUAAACUAAUUACACACAAAAAAAUGCAAACACAGUAAUACAAACUAAUUGCCAUAUCAGCAGGAAGCAGCACUGUAAGGUAUUCCAGAGUAGUAUAGCGAAAAGGGACAAUUAAAUCGUGUGUGUUUUUAUACAAACAAAAAUCGAUCGCAGCUCCAUGCACUGUGAUUCAAUACGCUUUGCUUUAACAAACUCACCAUCGAUCGGUAAAUCGAAAUCGCUUGCUCGUAUGCACUUUUUCUCCGUCAAUAGAUCUUCAUUUCCCGCAUUCGCUUUUGAUCGCUUUCAAAUUUGCUUUCAUGAAAGGUGGAUACGAUGCGUGGGACACAUUCAUUUCCCAUCCCAACCGUGUUUGAUAUGUUUUGGGCAAAAUUACUCGCAAAACAGUGGUGCUUCAAGGGGCAGGCAAAAAAAAUUACAUGCCACCUAAAACCAAAAACCCGUGGGAAAUGAACUUCCGUUACGGAGAAUGCCGCACUGUUCCGUCGUAGGUGUUACGGCGCUAGACAACAUGGGCGGUAAUGUACGAGCGGUUAAACACAGCCAAUUUUAUGCCCGACUAGUACGAUACGGACGCUUUAAUACGCGUAUAUAUUUAUAGAUGAAGCAAGUAAACCGAAGCGCAUGUUUGGAAUUUACGGCGGAAAUGCUUCCAAUCGAGCAAUCAUAAUGCUUCCGCGUGGCGCGUGCAGGAAAGCAUGUUUCCAAUAAAGUCCAGUCUGACCGAAUA